AUGACAAAUCAUCUAGCUAUAAAGGUGUUUUUAAAUAUCCCACUCAAACAAGUAUCAAAGCGUCAUGUGGUAGCACCACCUGCAGCAAUUGUAGCAGAUGAAUCAGUACUAGAUCUUUACUGCUAUCGCUACGAAACCUUUAACCCUGCAUUGCAUAUUUGCAUAUUGUAUAUAUUGAACCUAGGUGCGCCACCCACAUGA